UAGCACCACCACAUGGAAAACGAUACUGUGUUUUUAAUUCAACAUGGCGAAAGCAUAUGCCGCUCUUCCAGUGGAUACAUUUGACAAACUUUAAUGGUGUGUAUAGUUGUGCGUUUAGACAAGAUGAUCGAAAGUUGAUAUUGUUCCUGUCUGACUAUUUUUACACCACUGCCAGUGAGUGGAGCUACAGUAAAUGCGGCAACAUACGGCGCGCAGGGAACCGCCAGGGAAAGGAACCGAGAGAAGUGAAAGCGUGCUGGAACGUUACACAUACAAGAGGAGCAAUUUAGAAAACGGAAAAGAGAUAUAAACAGUGUUAGUUCGUACCAAAGCAGCGAGUGAGAGUAGCCUACGCUACGUGACAUAGUGAGAUGGACGGACUACGGGGGACGGGCUGUGAGCGCACCUCGACCGACCGCGAGUGAACAGACCGAGCCUGAAGCGGAUUGGGAUGGCAGCAUCCAGCAACUCAAGCCUUUCGGGUUCAUCAGUGUCUUCUGAUCCUGAGGAUUACCAACCGCCCAUAUGGAAGUCUUACUUGUACCGGCUCCAGCAGGAAGCUCCUCGGCCCAAGAGGAUGACCUGCCCUCAGGAGAUGGAGACCAGACCCAAAUAUUACGGCAGAGAGUUCCAUGGCAUGCUAUCGAGAGAGUGUGCAGAUGAGCUACUGGGAGGAGCAGACGGGGCUUACCUCGUCAGAGAGAGCCAGAGACAGCCAGGGACACACACCUUGGCCUUAAGGUUUGGGCACCAGACCUUGAACUACAGACUGUUCUAUGACGGGAAGCACUUUGUGGGGGAGAAGCGCUUUGAGACGGUCCAUGACCUGGUGACGGAUGGCCUCAUCACCCUGUACAUCGAGACCAAGGCAGCAGAGUACAUCGCCAAGAUGACCACCAACCCCAUCUAUGAACACCUGGGCUACACAUCCCUGCUGAAGGACAAGAUGGGGCACCGGCUGAGCCGGGGACGCACUGAACCCCGUAGGGUCACCUUCCAGAGAGAGGACAGUAAGCCAUUGUGUGAGGCACACUCCUGCCCUGGGGCCGCCCACUGCUGCUGGCUGCUCUCUGCUUCUUUCUCCUUGAACUGGAGCUGGAGCUCAGAUCAGAUGCAGAGCCGCCCCCAUCCUGACUGUCAGUCUGUACCAUCCUGGGUCCCAGCAGGAAGAGGAGUAGGAGGAACAGAGGGAGGAGGGGAGUGGAGCACAGCGGCCGUGUCCUCCUCGUUGGGCAGGUGCCGCCGGCGUCUGUUACCCAGCGCUGGGCGCUACGUCCUCCAGCACACACCACACGGCUCACCAGAGGAGACAGAGGCUCUGUGGGAGCCCGGACUAGGACAGGGGGACACAGUCAGACACACGGCAGCGGCCAUGGAAGUGGAGGAAGGGAGCCGGGGUCCGGGAGGAGGGAUAGGGCCAGGAGAUGUAACGGUCCACAAGACCAAGAGAGGGGAGCGGAAGAGGCAGGAGCUACUGGCCUUAGCCCUGAGGGUCAAGUUGGGGAGCAGGAGAACAUUACUCUGGAAGCCUCUAAAACUGUUGGCUUCCUGUCCACAGAUCACCACUUCUCCUCUGGUACGGCACAGCACCCUGAAAGACUGCCCCUCCGAGAAGCAGAGCUCCUAUGACAAGAUCCACAACUUCAAGGUUCAUACUUUCCGAGGGCCUCACUGGUGCGAGUAUUGUGCCAACUUCAUGUGGGGCCUCAUAGCCCAAGGGGUCCACUGCUCAGACUGUGGGCUGAACGUACACAAGCAGUGCUCCAAGCUGGUGCCCAGCGACUGUCAGCCAGACCUGCGCAGGAUUAAGAAGGUGUUCAGCUGUGACCUCACUACCCUGGUCAAGGCCCACAACACCACACGGCCCAUGGUGGUGGACAUGUGUAUCAAGGAGAUAGAACUACGAGGUCUGCAGUCUGAGGGUCUCUACAGAGUGUCUGGCUUCUCAGAACACAUUGAGGACGUGAGGCUCGCCUUUGACCGAGAUGGCGAGAAGGCAGACAUCAGUGCCAAUGUGUACAACGACAUCAACAUCAUCGCUGGAGCUCUGAAGCUCUAUCUGAGAGACCUGCCCAUUCCAGUCAUCACAUUCCACGUGUACUCCAGAUUCAUACAAGCUGCAAAAAUUCCCAACCCAGACACCAGACUGGAGGCCAUCCACGAGGGGCUGCUGCAGCUCCCGCCAGCCCACUACGAGACCCUACGCUACCUGAUGAUGCAUCUCAAGAAGGUCACCAUGUUUGAAAAGGACAAUUUCAUGAAUUCUGAGAACCUGGGGAUUGUGUUUGGUCCGACGUUAAUGCAGCCGCCUGAACAGAACGCCCUGGCCACUCUGAACGACAUGAGGCAUCAGAAACUCAUCAUACAGCUCCUGAUAGAGCAUGAAGAUGUCUUGUUUUGAAGGACUGGAGCCCUGUCUGUUGCUGGGCAGGAAGGACGAGCCCUGUCUGUUGCUGGGCAGGAAGGACGAGCCCUGUCUGUUGCUGGGCAGGAAGGGCUGGAGCCCUGUCAGGGCAGGAAUAGGAUGUUUGAUUUAUUCCAUACCAGAGGAAUCUCAAGCCAUCAUGUCUGUCAUCAUAUGAAGUGUCAAAAUUCCCAAAUGUUUCUAUUGUGGUCAGAUUUGCGCUUCCAUUGCUUCUCUCCCAUAAGCAUGACUGUAUCAGUUGAAGUUGAGUCUGUGGUACGUCAGUCAGACAUCAUGUCUUGUUACAGUAAGGUCAAAGGUUGUCACAUUCUGUCAUAUUCUCCUUAAGAGGAACAAGGUAUUGGAUACGUCCCAAAUGGCACCCUAUUUUCAUUACUUCUGAACCGGCCCCAUAGGGCUCUGGUUCACAGUAGUGUGCACUAUAUAGUGAGUAGGGUGCUAUUUUAGAAAAAGCCAUUGAUUCCAGCAUUUCCACACACCUUUCAUAAAUCUAGCAUCAUCACACUAACACAUUCUUCCUGGUUGAUGUCUGUCUGUAUAGUGAUUGUCUGCUCAAGUGUGUUCGUUGUGUGCUUAUUGGUUAAUGAGUCUCAUGACUCAGAGACUCUUUUGACUCAGUAACUGUGUGAUCCUGUAGGGUGAGAUAUGGAUGGAUGGUCUAUGUAUGAAGCACUGUGCAGAUCAAUUUAUUUUGUGAAGAUUUCUUUUUGCAAAAGUU